AUUCCCGACUGCGGUCUUCUUUGCGACUUGCUCUGGUCCGAUCCCGAUAAGGACAUUACUGGCUGGAGCGAGAACGAUCGGGGUGUAUCCUUCACAUUUGGUCCGGACGUCGUGUCGCGGUUCCUCCAGAAGCAUGAUAUGGACCUGAUAUGUCGCGCACACCAGGUCGUCGAGGAUGGCUAUGAGUUCUUCUCCAAGAGACAGCUGGUUACGCUAUUCAGUGCUCCCAACUACUGUGGCGAGUUCGACAACGCUGGUGCGAUGAUGAGCGUCGACGAGAGCCUACUUUGUUCCUUCCAGAUCUUGAAGCCAGCAGAAAAGAAACAAAAGUACGUUUACGGGGGCAUGAGCUCAGGCAGGCCCAUCACUCCUCCGCGAAAGCAAAAGAAGAAGUAA